CUCGGGAUGGGUCUCUGGUGGCCCCGGCGAGGCUGCUUGGAGAUCUGGUGUCAGCCCGUAGUGCCAGAGGGGAUGGAUCCUCUGGGUGCCCGCUCCCAGUUUGUCGAUAUCCAGACUCUCCCCACGUGGCAGCAGCAGCUGGGUGAGAAUGGCGGGGAGACACUGCGGGAUCAGAGCGACAGCCUGCUCAACCAGCAGGUCUUCCCCUCGCCCUUUCCCUUCAGACCGGACAUCAACUGCAAGAUCAUUCUCUACACUGGGGACAUUGCCCUGCUGAACUGCACCGCCAUCGUGAAUACCAGCAACGAGUCACUCAACGACAAGAACCCGGUGUCUGACAGCAUCAAUCAACUCGCAGGGCCGGAGUUGCGAGACGAGCUGCUCAAACUCAAAGGAUGUCGGACAGGCGAGGCGAAGCUGACCAAAGGCUUCAACCUGGCAGCGAGGUUCAUCAUCCACACUGUGGGACCAAAGUACAAAACCAAGUACAGGACGGCAGCUGAGAGCUCACUGUACAGCUGCUACAGGAACAUCAUGCAGCUGGCUGCAGAGCAGUCAAUGGCAUCCGUUGGCUUCUGUGUGGUGACCACGACCAAAAGAGGUUACCCGCUGGAGGAUGCUACACACAUUGCCUUCAGAACGGUGCGCAGGUUCCUGGAGAAUCACGGAAACAGCAUUGAGGCAGUGGUGUUCGCAGUGUCAGACACAGAGGAGCCGGUGUACAAGAAGUUACUGCCUCUGUACUAUCCUCGCUCUGAGGAUGAGGAAAAGGCCUGCCUGCCUCUCAUCCCAGCUGAUAUUGGCAACUCUGAGGGCGAACCCGUUGUCCCCGAGAGACAGAUCCGCAUUGCAGAGAAGCCAGGCAGCCUGGAAGGUGAUAAUGAAGAGGAGAGUCUGGAGUCUGAUCUGGGUCAGGUGGGGAAUCACGCUUUCGCCAGGAUGGAGGGCGAUGUGGACAAACAGCGGAAACUGAUCCUACAGGGCCAGAUGUCAGAGGCAGCCAUGCAGAAACAACACCAGAGGAAUUAUAAUCGCUGGCUGUGUCGAGCGAGGGCAGAGGAUCUGUCAGACAUCGCUGCACUGAAAGCCUUAUAUCAAACUGGUUUGGAUAUGUGUGGCAGGACAGUGAUGGUUGUGGUUGGACGAAACAUCCCAGUGACCCUUAUUGACCUUGAAAAGGCCCUGCUGUACUUUAUCCAUGUGAUGGACCACAUCACAGUGAAGGAGUACGUGAUGGUUUACUUCCACACACUAACAGGCGAGCACAACCACCUGGAGUCCGACUUCCUCAAAAACCUCUACGACAUCGUGGACGCCAAGUUUAAAAAGAAUUUAAAGGCCUUCUACUUCGUACAUCCAACUUUUCGCUCUAAGGUCUCAACGUGGUUCUUCACCACCUUCAGUGUGUCAGGGAUGAAGGACAAAGUCCGCUACCUGGACAACCUGCAGCAGCUCUUCACAUGCAUCAAACCUGAACAGAUCGACAUCCCUCCGUUUGUCCUGGAGUAUGAUGCACGGGUGAACGGACCCUACCACCCCGCCCACUCCUCCAGUCUGUGACAGGCGACCAAUCGGACCUCUCCGCCAGGGUGACGCGGUGGUGACAUCCCGUCAGAUGGAAAGCCAUUUAUGGACAUCAUGUUGCCCAUGAAGUCUGACCUCUGAAUCCUCCUCUUUAACGCUCUGAAGCUUAGAGGGGAAACUCUCCUUUUGUUCUUGCCCAGCCAAAAAGGACAAAAUUAACAGUCACAGCCCACAUUUCAGCAGCUUCUGGCCUGGGGAGCGGUCAUUCUCACUCACCACGGACUAUUUGUGGAUCUGGUCUGGUUUUUGGAUUAUGCCUUACACCAAGAGUUCUUAUUCAGCAGUUUCCUCAAGCAUCCCAAAAUAUGAAGUAUCACGUCAAGCCUGACGGUUGCUCAAAGCCUUUUCCAUUGUGCGGUCGUUUCAAAUGUCUUCGCACAUGUUUCAGAAUAGUGUCAGACUUUUCAAAUCCCGGACCCUGGAAGAUGACGUCUGUCUGGAUUUCCACGCUAUUUAAUUCUGUUCCGUACCACUCUGGACUGCAAAAAACUCCGGAUGAAGUAAAGACUAGCGCUGCGUUUCACUCCGUCGGAAGUUGGAAAUUCCCACCUGGUACGCUGUUGUGACAACUAACCUCUGUGUUCUCCUACAGUCACGCUCGGAAAAAAACCCCAGGCAGGGGAGAAAAAUUUAACACCCAGGAGAUUUUCUUUGAUAAACUAAAACACUGCUCCAUGUGCAACAGCUCUGUUCACUGGCUAGGUAGCGUAGAAGAAUAUCUUUACAUCACAAAGUUAUGUUUAUCCGUUUAGCAACUUACAGGAAUAGUUUGACAUUUUGGGAAAUAUUUGCUUUCUUGCCACGAGUUAGAUGAGAAGAUGGAUGCCACUCUCACAUUUGUACGUUAAAUGCGAAGCUACAGCCGAGGGGAAGGCUAGGUUAGUUCAGCCUAUAGACUGGAGGCAAGGGGAAACGGUUAACUCCGCAACUUGUCGUUUUUACACUUUGGCUUUUGUACGGAUUGCACAAACAAGAUAUAGUGUGUUAGUUUGUGAGCUGUAAAGGUGCUGGGAGGCAGUAGGCUGCUGGCAGGCUGGUAUUUCCUUACCUUCUGAACAGAGCCGGGCUCUCUGUAGCUUCAUAUUUAACGCACAGAUACAAAAGUUGCUGAUGAAGUCCUGCGGAUAUCUGCAUCAAAAAAAACCUUGUUAAUUUCCACUGGCUUUUCUGUUGCAUUUUCUUAGCAGGAAGUUCGUAAUCUCUCACUUUAUGGUGUCUCUCUAAAGCGGCAGGGCACAUGCGUGCUUCUACCCUCAACUCUCAAUCCUUGUUAAACCCAGCACUGAAACAAUUCAUCAGUAAAUCAAUCGACAGCAGAGUAAUCUACAGCAGUUUUCACAGCCGAUCAAUCGUUUGGCAUUUUUUACCGAACGAAUAACGUUCACUGGUUCCAGUCCCUCAAUUGUGAGAAUUUGCUGCUCUCUGUUUUAUAUUGUUAUAAAUUUAAUAUUUUCGGGUUUUUGGACUUUUGAUCACAUAAAAAUGAGCAAAUUUAGGACCUCAUCAUAGGGUCUGGCCAUUUUUUCAGUAUGUCUUCAAACUUUAUAGAUAAAACUAAAAUCACAAGGCUGUCAGUCAGAAACCUCCCUUCUUGCAUAGUGGUGCCUGUGUAAAUAUACAGCAACGAGUCUUUGUUAAAUCAUCGCACUUGUCAUGCUGAGGGUCCUAGCUGAGAAGCAUUAUACAGCUUUGUGCCGGCAGGUCUGGGACUGGAGGUCGGGAGAUGACACAUGCGAUCCCAAACCAUCUUCUCCCACUGCCGCCAGCUUGUCGUCUCAUGUGUUUGCCUGCAAACUGUACAUUUUGUCUUGUGAAAUGCUGGCUAGUUUUCAGCUGCGCUGCCUCCACCGAUAGUCACUGUUUGGUUUAACUGUUGAUAUGUCACUCACAAGAAGUCACCACUUUGUUGUAAGGGUACACAGGCCACCAGGGACAAGAAACGCAGUUUAAUGUUCGUUCUCACUCUCGCGUGACGAAGGAAAGUAGACUGGGUUUUCUUCUCCCCCUUGCCAAUGGAGCUUGAAAUCCUUUGUGCCUGUUUGUCUGUUGAAAUUAGCAUUUUGUUCCUCGGUCACUAAUUUUAUUUUUAUUUGCACGGUUACCUCUACGUUUACUACGUGUUUUCACAAUCCACAAGUAGUUUGAUUUAACUCGGACUACCGGACCGGUGGGUUUACUUUAUCAGGGCAAUUGCAAAUCAAAUGUAUUGAACUUUCCAGCAGUCAUCAUGUAGCAAAUCCCAUCUGUCUGGUACAACAAGAGGUAACACUAUCACCACAGAUGUAGAUUCUGUUGGACCAACACCCGUCACUGUUGGGAGGAAUUUUCCCCCGCAUGUCGUUCUGUCUUCACCCAGUCCUGUCUGCUGUGUUUCCACACGGCGUCAAGACGUCAGGAACCUGCCUCCGCAUCUUUGAAUAAUUUCACUUCUGCCGGAAAGAUGCAAACUCUUCAGGCUCUUCGUGGUAAAGCUCUUGUCCUGAUAUAUCGUCACUAACAGAGAUUAAUCCUGACACAGAAGCGUGUCUGCACAAUCAGAGAGGUCGUGUGACACUAUCAUGCAGAGGUCAGCUCGAAAACUUGGGGCUUCUUCAAUUGUAACUUGCACAUUGUUAGAUUUUGUGGACUCAUCCAACAGGGACUGCUGUACUCAGUUUUAAACCAAUGCACAGCUGAUCACCCUGUUAAGAAAAUGCAAACAGUCAAAAAAAAAAAAAAAGUACAAGAAUUUUAAUCAACUGUUAAAUAUAUUUAAAUCUUCCUAAAAAUAGAUGAGGAAAAAACAUCCAGUGGGCUGAGAUGAUUCCAAGUAGAACCGCAUUGAAAACUAGUGAAUUUUCUUACCUCCUCCGACAAAAUGUCCCUCGUGCUUUUACAAAAACAAGGAUUUAAAGAUUGAACGUGAUAAUGAGUUGUUCAGAAUGUCAUAAAAUUAACUCCGGAGAAUCAGAGUAAAUCUGGUGUCACUGUUUUCCCUUCAGUCUUCUCCAUAAUGAAAAAAAACGACCAGAAAAUGGCUUCAGAUCAGUGAAGUCGUGAAAUUGAACUUUGUUGUCAGAACUGUGAUUAUGUCAGAAUGAAUAUAAAUGAUGAGCCAAAUGUUGAGUUUCUUGAGAUUAUCUGCAAAAGAGUACAGGAAAUGACUGUACUCUUGUUUUUUUUGUUUGUUUGUUUUUUUUGUUUUGUUUUUUUUUUACU